ACCAAAAGUACUAGAAAACAACUGUCUAGCCUAAACUAUGUCGACCCAAAUGCUCUUCCUCGCUAUGCUAGUCAUCCUCUCGUCUUCCAUGCAAUCCCAUGCGGUGCAAUACACCGUGACGAACAACGCCGGCAACACCAACGGCAGCGUCCGCUUCUCUAGGGACAUCGGCAUUCCCUACAGUCGCAAGACUUUGACAAAGGCCACCGGCUUCAUAUGGAGGCUCUUCCAGCAGAACGUCCCCAGGGAUCGUAAGAGCGUCGCCAAAGUGAGCUUGUUCAUAGAGAACAUGGCCGGCGUCGCGUACACGAGCAGCGAUGAAAUCCACGUGAGUGCCACUUACCUCGGGGGAUUCUCAGGGGACGUGAAGAGAGAGUUCACUGGGGUACUGUACCACGAGAUGACGCACGUGUGGCAAUGGAACGGGGCCGGGCAGGCCCCCGGCGGGCUCAUUGAGGGGAUCGCAGAUUUCGUGAGGCUCAAGUCGGGGUACGCGCCUGGCCACUGGGUGAAGCCGGGCCAGGGCAAUAGGUGGGACCAGGGUUACGACGUCACGGCCCGCUUUCUUGACUACUGCAAUGGCCGCAAGAAGGGGUUUGUGGCCGCGCUGAACAAGAAGAUGAGGACCGGUUACAGCGAUAACUAUUUUGUUGACCUGCUAGGCAAGAGCGUUGACCAGCUCUGGAAGGACUACAAGGCCAAGUACGCUACCUGAUUAGAGUCGAUCCCUGUUCAGGAGAUGUACGUGCUUGAUUAAAAUAAAACUUGCUUAACAAGCGCAUUGAUGAAAUAAAACAUAUUCAAAUCAAAUUUGGAUUGUUAGC